CCCCUCGAUCCGUUGCCGAUCCCUGAAAAAAAGCGCCUUAAACAACCGGCGGGGUAUUCUCUUCGUCCAAACCUCCCAACCACCGCCUAUUCUCCUUCACCUCUCGCACACUCGGGACCAGCACCGACUUCUCGGCCAUUCAACCGAUCGCCAUGGCUUCACUAUCAUCGCUAGCAGCUGCCCUAACAUGAAAUGGACUUAGGAUGGCCUGAUUCGAUUUCCCCACGCCCUUUUCUCCACACUUUCCUGCCCGCAAACGUUCCCCCGCAUUUGUAGCCGUGAUCACUGGAGAAUCCUUGGGCGCGAUGCAUGAAUCAUGAUCGUCAGCUAUAAGAAUUGCAGUUUCCCAGAUCUGCUGGAGGGAUACGUCCGAGGGCGCGACGAGUUCUCGCUCUUCUUCUCCCUGUUCUUCUCGUAUCAUUAACUCAUUCGGAGGCCUUCGUCCUCGCAAUCCUCCGCCGUCAUGGAUACCGACAAGGCAUCCAUUUCAAAGGCGUCUCUUGCCCAGAUCGAGACCACGGUGGGCACUACCAAUGAGGUUCCUGAGAUUCUUCGCAAUCACACGCCCGAAGAAUUGGCUACUCUAGAGAAGAAGCUUGUCCGCAAGAUCGACUUUCGAUCCCUACCUGUCCUCAUUGUCUUGUUUAUACUCAAUAUCCUGGACCGAAAUGCCAUCGCCAAUGCCCGUCUCGGUGGUUUAGAAGAGACGCUCGGGAUUGACGAUGUGCAAUACCAAACCGCCGUCAUGGUACUUUGGGCUGGUUACAUCUCCAUGAUGGUACCGUCCAACAUGCUUCUUUCCAUUUUCAAACCCAAAAUCUACUUGCCCACUGUUGUCAUCAUUUGGGGUAUAGUCUCGGGUGCGACUGGAUUUGUGCAGAACUUUCCUGGGUUGGUUGCGCUUCGGUUCCUGGUUGGAGUGACAGAAGCACCCUACUUCCCGGGAUGUAUCUUCUUUCUAUCGUGUUGGUACACUAGAAGAGAACUUCCUUCUCGGAUCGCGACCUUCUACUCUGGUUACACCCUGUCCUCGGCGUUUGGAGGUCUGAUAGCAGCUGGCAUCGUGGAUGGCAUGGAAGGGCUUGGAGGGUAUCCUUCGUGGCGAUGGAUCUUCAUUCUGGAAGGAGCUUUGACGAUUGUGCUGGCAUUUGCUGGAUACGUUCUUCUCCCCAACUAUCCAUCCAACACAUCUUUUCUGUCACCCGAGGAGACCGCAAUGGCACAGUGGCGUCUUAAUCGCGAGAACGAUGGCACCAAGGACGAAGUUACCGAGUCCGUCUUCAUUGGUUUGAAGCAGGCAUUGACGGACCCCAAAGUCUACCUACUCGUCUUCAUCCAAACAUGUGCAGUUUGCUCUAUGAGCUUCACUUACUUCUUCCCAUCCAUUGUCAAAACCCUCGGCUUCCCGCGCGUGGAAACGCUUCUCCUGACCGCACCUCCAUACUUCCUGGCCUUCCUGUUCUCUGUCUUGAACUCAUGGCACUCCGGCCGCACGGGAGAGCAUUGCUUCCACAUUGUGGGCGCCUGUUCUCUUUCCAUAGUCGGUCAAAUUCUUUCCAUGUCGACGUACAACACGGGCGCUAGGUACUUCGCCAUGUUUUUGCAAGCUAUGGGCGCUUUCUCCGCCUUUCAGGUCGUACUAUCGUGGGUCUCGGCGACCAUCCAACGACCCAAAGUCAAGCGAGCCGUUGCUGUGGGCCUCGCAACUGCCGUCAGUAACGCCACGAACAUCGCCUCCGCGUAUCUUUACCCGGCCACGGACGCACCGCUCUACCGCAUGGGAUGUAUCGUUCUGACCGUUGCCUUAGCCUGCUGCGUAACCGCUUCAGUGAUUCUGAGGUUCUGGCUGCAGAAACUGAAUCGCAAGGCCGAUAGAAUGGUUGGCCAUGAGGGGGUCGAGAACGGGGCGGGUGUUUUGUUCAGAUAUACGUUGUAG